AUGGAUGUUGAUCAAAGAAGGGAUGGAAGUCUGGGAAUAGGCAUGUCUGAGGAGGGCAUGGAAGGAUCUCAAGGAGAGGAAGGUGUAGAAUCUAAAGAGGAAGAGGAAGAAGAAGAUGGCGACGAGGACGACGACGGUGACGAAGAUGACGACGACGAAGACGACAAAGACGAUGAUGAGGGGGGCGAGGACGACGAAGACGACGAGGUUCAGGUCUUACAAUCCUCCAAAGGGCCACCGGUUCAGUCGGCGGAUGACGACGAGGACGACGACAACGAGGAUGACGAUGAAGAUGACGAUGGUGAAGGCGGAGACAACGAUGACGAUGACGACGACGAGGAGGAAAACGAUGAUGAGGAUGAAGACGGUGAAGAAGAGUCUUGA